AUGCCCCACUGGAGAAUCUUCCACCCACCAGACGUCUUCCAAGACGCCCACUCCAAACAAUCCCUCGCAGAAGCCAUCACAAACCUCUACAGCGACCUCGGUUUCCCCCCCUUCUACGUCGUGGUCACAUUCCUCCCCACCCCCGACGAAAACCAAUUCGUCGGCGGCCAAGUUUCUCGACUUCGCGGAAGGCCCUUCAUUCGAUUAAACAUCGCGCAUAUUCAUGUGAAUAUGCCGAAGGAUCCUAAAGUUCAUCAGGAUUGGACUGCGAAGAUGGAUAAGGCGUUGAAGCCGCAUAUUGAGGAUAAGGGAUUCUCGUGGGAGUAUCAUGUUGAGGAGACGGAGAGGCUGUUGUGGAAAAUUGAUGGGGUUUAUGCGCCGGAGUUUAGGAGUGAGGAUGAGAAGGUUUGGAUGAAGGAGAAUCGGGUUGUGAGGGCGGAGGAGAUGGAGGAGGUGAGGAGGAGGUUGGAGAGGGCGAGGUUGUGA